CGUGCCGGGAGCUGGUCGUGCUGCAGCCCCUCUCCCUCUUGGAUCCCCUGUCCUCUUCCCCUUUCCCGCCCCGGCCCACGGUGCGAGGCUGGGAGCCGCCGCCCGGGCCGCGCCGCGCUGUCUCUGAAGGGCACAAGUCAGAGCACGCCAUGCCUAACAAAGAUACCAGCAGUCUUAACAGCUCGGCAGCAGGGCUCAUCUGCCUCCCUCCAAUCUCUGAGGAGCUGCAGCUUGUGUGGACUCAAGCAGCGCAAACCAGUGAGCUGGAUGGAAAUGAACACCUGCUACAAACCUUCAGCUACUUUCCCUAUCCAAGCCUGGCAGAUAUUGCUCUCCUCUGCCUGCGAUACGGGCUGCAGAUGGAGAAGGUAAAGACCUGGUUCAUGGCCCAACGCCUCCGCUGUGGCAUCAGCUGGUCAUCUGAAGAGAUAGAAGAGACUCGCGCCCGAGUGGUGUACCACAGAGAUCAGCUCCAUUUCAAAUCUCUUCUCGCUUUCACGCAUCAUGCAGUGCAGCCCCCACAGGAGAUGCCUCCAGUGCCCUCCCCAGAGCAGGCUGCUCUUGGACUCUGUCCUUUGGCUUGUAGUGAGCCCACCCAGAUGAAAGGAUUGAAGGUUGAGCCUGAGGAACCCUCUCAGGUACCACAGCUGCCACAGAGUCACCAGAAAGUGAAGGAACCUCUGGUGACAGGCAGCAGAGCAUUCCCCCACCAGUCAGGUUUUUGUCAGGAUCUUCAGAUCAGUGGACUCUCUGAGGAGCAUGCAGAAAUGGGUUCCGAUCAGUCGUGUGGUGGAGGGACUGCUUCCUGGAAUCAUUCCACCGCUGUCCAUCAGCCACGUGCUGGGGAUAAACCCCCGUCGGUCUCAUUACUUGUCAGUAGUUGUAAGGAAGAGUCCACACCUAAUGGGACACCUCCAUCUCCCUCUUUCCAAGUAUCGGCUAAUGGAACUACUGCCACUCCUAAACCCCUCCAGCCUUUGAGCUAUAUCCCACAGUCAUUCCCGCCUAGUGAACAGGCACCAUCUCCACAAGUAGAACCACCCUGGCCCCAAAGGCUACGAAAUAACUCAGUAGCAAGUAGGGUUGGCCCCACAGAAUACCUUUCGCCAGAUAUGCAACACCAGCGAAAGACUAAGCGUAAAACCAAAGAACAGCUGGCCAUCCUCAAAUCCUUUUUUCUACAGUGCCAAUGGGCACGACGAGAAGAUUACCAUAAACUAGAACAGAUCACUGGUUUACCUCGCCCUGAGAUCAUUCAAUGGUUUGGAGACACCCGAUAUGCCUUGAAGCAUGGACAACUGAAAUGGUUUCGGGACAAUGCAGUACUUGGUACCUCUACUUUUCAAGAUCCAGCCAUUCCCACACCAUCAACUCAUUCCUUGAAAGAAUGGGCCAAGACACCACCUCUGCCAGCCCCACCGCCCCUACCAGACAUACAACCUUUAACACCACCUCUGCCAGCCCCACCACCCCCACCAGACAUACGACCUUUAGAGAGGUACUGGGCAGCCCACCAGCAGCUGCAGGAAGCUGAUAUCCUUAAACUAAGUCAGGUAUCAAGACUUAGCACUCAGCAAGUGCUGGAUUGGUUUGGCUCUCGAUCGUCUGAGCCAGCGGAGGUGGUAGUUUGUCUAGAUGAAGAGGAGGAGGAAGAGGAUGAAGAACUGCCAGAAGAUGGUGAGGAAGAGGAGGAGGAAGAUGACGAUGAUGAUGCCAUAUAGGACUGCAGGAGGUUGAGGAAGAAAAGGGUCUGUUACUGAAAGAUGAACCACCUUAUUGACCAUUUAAACCCUUUUUAAAUACUCUGUCACAAAGAACUAAAAGCUCUGUGUUCUUCAGAGUGGGCAAGGCAGGAUAGUAGUUUGACAGUAGACUGGGGAGGUGACCAGGAUACAAACUAAGGUAUUGGAUUAAUAUAAACCCAGUUCUCUAGCCUCAGUGUGGAGAGGACCAGGGAUCUGGGUAAACAAUGGCUGGAAAAGGCUCUUGCUCUCCUCUUGUUCUUUUUCUUUAGUAUGCUCUUCAUGUCUCAACCCCACACAUCUACAUGGGACUUAGUAUGGAAUGAAGUAUUGUGAUCCAACUUAGGAUCCCAGCACACCCCAAAUCCCACCAUCUGUCAGAAAAUACAGGCUGCUUUGUGCCCGUUCCUGUCUUUCUGAGCAUAUACCCAUGCAUAUUGCAGCUAGGAUUUGCAAUGUCCGUUUUGUUAUAGAUAUUUCCUCAUACCAGUUUGAUGUUUUUACUCAUCUUGUCACUUACACAGAAGCAGAUACUUCUUCCUUCUAAUACUGGAACCAAUCUGCCUUCUACCAUUUAUUUCUAUGAAAUCCCCUCUUUGCUCAUUAUUGUCUCAGGGUAAAUCUGAAAAAUUUUAAGAAUCAGAUUGUGAAUAUUAGUCUAUAUAUUUAUUGGAGGUGGGAAUUUGGGGAUUUGACCUUUAAAGUAUGAUGAGCCAGGCAUGGUUCCUGUGAUUACAACACUUGGCAGGUGGAGGCAGGAAGAUCAAGGAGUUCAAGGCCAGCCUGGACUAUGUAAGAGCCUGUCUUGAAACAAUGUCACUGUGUGACAGAGAAGGAUGGUAGGGAUGUUACAGUUUGGAUUUACAAACGACAUCACUUUCUGUCCAGAUUGAUAGAGAUUGUUGGUUUUUUUUGUUUUUUCUUUUUUUGCUACUGGUUCAAUCUGUAUCUAACAAGAAAUGUUUCCCUCUUUAUAGGAUCUGUCUUGGGGACAGAAGGACCAUGGUCUUCUAACUCAAUGAUGUUCUAGAAUAAAUGUCAACACUAGGGAUCACUGGUAACAGUGGGUUAGUCACCUGAAAAUAGAGUGAAAGCCCCAAAUUGCUAAAAUAAA